AAUAAUUUCUGCCCUAGAUUCAGCUCGCGUGCAGGUUACAAAGUGCAGUGAACUGCAAAUAUUGCCUAUACGAAGACCACAGUCUGGAUAAGAUAUUAUUUGUAGCAGUACACCCUCUGAAGAACGGACGAUGUCGUCCAUCAAAGUGGAGUGCGUGGUUAAGGCCAGCAGUUCGAUCGGCGAGGGCCCGGUUUGGGAGGAGAAGGAUGGAACGCUGCUUUUUGUUGACAUCUCGGGCCAACGAAUCAGCCGCUGGAACGCCGAAACCAAGCAGACCGAGAGCAUGACAACCGAGAAGUUUGUAGGUGCUGUGGUGCCCCGGAGGUCCGGGGGGUACGUAAUGGCCGAGGGAACUCGGUUUGCUGCUGUGGAUUGGGAGAAGAAGACCUCCACAACCAUCGCCUGUGUGGAAGCUGACAAGCCCAACAACCGCUUCAACGACGGCAAAGUGGAUCCUGCCGGAAGGUUCUUUGCAGGUACCAUGGCUAUGGAAGUCCAGCCCACAGUCCUGGCGAGAAAGGAGGGCUCUUUGUACACUCUUCACCCGGACCACACUGUGGUCAAGCACUUUGACCAGGUGGACAUCUCCAAUGGCCUGGACUGGUCGCUGGACCACAGAAUCCUCUACUACAUCGACAGCUUGUCCUUCAUGGUGGAGGCUUUUGACUAUGACAUACAGACAGGAAGCAUCUGUAACCGGCGGAAGGUCUACCUCCUGGAGAAGGACGAGGGGUUUCCAGAUGGCAUGUGCAUCGACGCGGAAGGCAAACUGUGGGUGGCCUGCUACGACGGAGGGAGAGUGAUUCGCAUCGACCCACAGACAGGCACGCGUAUGCAGACGGUCACGCUGCCUGUGGAUAAAACCACUUCCUGCUGCUUUGGAGGGAGGGACUACUGUGACCUGUACGUCACAUCAGCUACCCAGGGCAUGGACCAGGCCUACCGGGCCAAACAGCCACUCGCCGGAGGUGUAUUUCGGGUCACUGGUUUGGGUGUAAAAGGCAUCCCCCCGAAUGCAUUUUCUGGGUAAACCGGAGAACGGCAAAUGUGAAAUCUGUCCACAAUCAGUCUCCAGCAAAUGCUAAAAGACAGAAUUAAUUAUUCAUCCCGUGAAUCUCACCUUUUCACGACAAUCUCAGUGUUGCCAAAACUACAUUUCAAAAUCUCAGUCAAAUUGGUAGAUGCUGAAAAUGUUGGUGUCUCACUGCCCUUAUGUCACAUCUAAAAUGAUUAAUGGGCAGAUGUAGUUCCCCGCUCUUACCACAUGGUGGGGCUAAAGCAGGCGCGAUCGGAGUGGCACUGUUGUUGAUUAAUCCACCCAGUGAUCGUAGCAUGUAAAUAUAAUACACAUAAUAAAUAAACACCAUUACUAAAGCUCAAUUGAUCUCUGUAGGGAUACAGUACUGUUAGACAGUAUUUGGUAUUUAGAAAUAAGGUUGCAAACGGGAGGAAUUUCCUCUGUAACUUUCGGAAAUUGGGAAUUUUCAAUCUCAUGACGCCACAGAAAUUGGACGAUUGUCUAGAUUCUCCUGAUAAGAUGAAGUUACCUGUGGUUGAGAUAAAUAAUUAGCCGAGGACAAGCAAGUCCAUUUAAAAUGUAAAUUUUUUUAACCUCGUUUUAGUCAAAAGAUUACUAAUCUUUAAAGUUAUUCCUAAUACAUAGGCCUAUCUAUUUUGCUGUCUUAAAAGGAAAGGAUUAAAAUAUAUCAGGCUUCUCUGCAGAAAAAAAAAUAUUUUAAAUAAAUAAAUAAAUAAAAACAUAGAACAAGUAUUACAACGGUGUGCUUUCAUUUCCGCGCAGAGCUGAGAGCACUCAUGAAGUCUAUUCGGAAAGCUCUGCUAAAUUAUUUGUGUAAAUGCAUUUCCCGAAAGAUUUACGGUCAAAUUAGUUCUGCUCACGUUUCAUAAAUGAGGCCCAAUGUGUGGAAAAUAUUUUCAGCGACUCCUGUAAUGGGACCGACGCAUAAGAACAUUUCGGGUAUUCUACGGUUAACGGUAUGAAUUCCCUCAAAAUUCCUAAAAAAAAAACGGAAUCCCUAUUUAGAAGUUUAAUAUUUUUUCAAGAUUGUCCAUUUUGACCAGACAGUAAAAUCUGAUCAAAAAAGAUUUUAAAGAAAAAGAAGAUGAAGCUGCAAAAGUGAAGAGCAUCCUGAAGAUUGUGAAGAGCAUACUGAAGAUUGAGAAGAUUGUGAAGAGCAUCCUGAAGAUUGAGAAGAUUGUGAAGAGCAUCCUGAAGAUUGAGAAGAUUGAGGUGUGGUGCAGGACACACAGCCACUAUUCAGUUUUAGAUUUUGAAUAAAUUUGCUAAAAUUUCUAAAAA